AUGCCGUACUCGUCACCAUUCGCAGACGUCGACAUCCCUCUUGUCGACGUCUGGAACCUAUAUAUGAAGCGUCCUCGCGAUUUCCCUGAUGAUCAUCCGAUCCUCAUUGACGGCGACACAAACCGCUCCUACACCUUCGCCCAGAUCCGCGAUCUCUCUGCCGCCUUUGGCCGGGGCCUCCGACACACCUUUGACUGGCAAAAAGGCGACGUCCUAGCUUUCUUCGCCCCGAACCACAUCGACACGGCUGUCGUAAACCUCGGCGUCCUCUGGGCCGGUGGCGUCGCAAGCCCCGCGAACCCGACUUACACGGCCGAAGAGCUCGCAAGCCAGCUCGUCGACGCGCGGGCCCAGGCGCUCGUGACGCACAAGGCGUUUCUUCAGACCGCAUGCAAGGCGGCUGAGCUGGCGAGCCUCAAGCCCGAGAGGAUCAUACUUCUUGGUGAUGGGAAGGACGAUGCUGGGAGGUUUAGACAUUGGACCGAGGUGACGGACAAAGGUGCCUGGUUUAAACCUAAGAAACCGACGAUUGAUCCGCAAAAGGACCUUGCGUAUCUAUCCUACAGCUCGGGAACGAUGGGACUCCCAAAAGGCGUCAUGUUGACGCACUACAAUAUGGUUGCCAACGCCUGUCAGUUUGACAAGUUUGACCUGAAGCUUCUGAACUGGGAGUUGGAUGCUCAAUUGGGAGUGCUGCCAUUCUUCCAUAUAUACGGCCUCGGCGUCGUCCUCAACGUCAGCCUCCUCUCAGGUGCAAAGUGCGUCGUCAUGGCAAAGUUCGACCUUGCGCAGGCCUGCCAGCUCAUCCAAGACCAUCGCCUGACUUUUGUAUACGUGCCGCCACCGAUUAUUCUGGCUUUGGGAAAGCACCCUUUGGUGUCGCAGUAUGAUCUCUCGUCUCUGCGUUUCGUCAACUCAGCUGCCGCGCCCCUGAGCCGAGAUCUGGUGGAUGCAGUAUGGGAUCGUCUGGGAGUCAUGGUAAAGCAGGGCUAUGGAUUGACAGAAACGAGUCCUGCAGUUUCGGUACAGAUGUUUGAUGAGUGGAGGCGGUAUCUUGGGUCUGUUGGGAGACUGGUUCCUAACAUGCAGGCCAGGAUUGUUGAUCCUGAAGGAAAGGAACUGCCGCCCAACGAGUCCGGUGAGCUGCUCCUGAAAGGCCCAAACGUCUUCCAAGGCUACUGGAGUAGACCUGAGCUCAACAAGGAGACGUUCACCGAGGAUGGCUGGUUCAAGACUGGCGAUGUCGUGUACAUUGACACCAGUGGGAACCUGUUUAUAACAGACCGUAUUAAGGAGCUCAUUAAGUACAAGGGUUUCCAAGUCGCACCAGCCGAGCUGGAAGCCAAGCUCAUCGGCCGGAAGGAUAUCGCAGACGUUUGCGUUAUUGGAGUCUGGAACGAAGACGAGCAGACUGAAGCUCCUCGUGCAUAUGUCGUGCCUAGCGCUGGCGUGGAUGGGAGCGAGGAACUGGCCGCAGAUAUCAUCGAGUGGUUGGGUAGCCGAGUCGGCCCCUCUAAGCGGCUGCGCGGAGGUGUGAGAUUCGUCAAAGAGAUUCCCAAGUCACCAUCCGGCAAGAUUCUGAGGCGCAUAUUGCGGGAUCAGAUGAACAAGGAAGAAGGGGGACCAAAGGCCAAGCUGUAG